AUGGCGACCACGGUGUACCCCAGGCUUGGCCCAUCCACUACCAGCAAGCGCUUGGGCAAGAAGACCCUUUGUCAUCGUCUGAUGCGCAACCUGGUGAAAUUCGAGACCCAUCCAGAGCUCUGGGACGGCACUGUGUAUGUCGGUAAGCCAUUACCACGAAUUCUCACCCUUCCCGUCGAGUUGAUACAGCAGAUCCUGGAUGGCGUGGUGGAAGACGACGAGCUGUACCUCCCUCGUCCCAACAGCGUGACGAGCGCUCUGAACCUCGUCUGCAGGGACUUCAACGCGCACAUGAAAGAUGUAAACGGUAAGUGGAACAGACGUGAGGCGCAGUGGCGAGCGAGCAGCGGCAGGGACCGAGCAGCGCUGGCGCCUGUCAUCCAAGGCCUCAUGCUUCCACUCUUGGCGGCCAACAAUGCCCUGGACCUGCAGGUGGGAAUCAAGAAGAAUGGCAAGCGCCGACCUAAGUGCAGCGUGCAGCGUGAAGCUCGCUGGAGGAGAGUCUACGCCGAUUGCGCGAGGAAGUUUGUCGCGUCGGAGCCGGAGAAGCAGCUCGCGGCGAGUCGGAAGGAGCACCCGAGGCUUCAGAUCAAGAACAAGAGCUGGGCGAUGACUCGGUCGGAGUGGGAUUGGCACCGUCUUCCAUGGUGGGGAGCCUGGAAGACGGGCAAAAAGGCACUGAAAGCCGCCAAGAAGAGCGGCGACGCGCAGCGAAUCAAGCACUGGAAGGCUGUGAUGAAGAAUUUGGAGAAAGAUGGCAAGAAGAUGGAGAAGAAGCUCUAUCGCGAGGAGCUGGACGAGUGGCACAGCAAGCGGCAGAAGGAAACGUUGGCGGACAGGAAGGACUCUCAGCAGAACGCCGUCAAUUCUGCUCUGCGCGAGGGCGAGGCAGUCUGUCCCUUUCGCCAUGUGCGCUUCCACGACGAUGGCUCGAGCGAACUUUUCGCCCGCCCGCGGUGA